GGGUUUUGUUUGGGACCCGGUUAGUGUUGGUGAGGUGGAGGAGCACGGUGACAGGGGAUCGAACCCCCCGCCUUGUGCAACACAUCUUCUGUUCUGCGGUAAAGAUGGCGGCGUCAGAGGGGGCGCGUAGCGGCCGGACAUCGGCGAAACGGCUUUGAAAAGCUCCACAUUUGACCGAAUCUCACUCGUUGGGUGCUCUUUGUGUCACCUCAGAUACCGUCUGGAUCAGCGGAGUGAAGAGAGACGCUGUCACGCUGCGGGGUUGUGGUUUUAUUGUUGAGGCAGCAGGGUGGGUGGGUUUCACUGAGCUAACGUUAGCGAACAGGCUAAACCAGCUAAUACGGGCUAGUUAGCUCCGUGAGGAAGAGUGAGGAGGGGAUUGAGGAAGACUAUUCGGGCCACACCGCUCCAGCUCGAGGGAAUGUGAACCAAAGGUGCGCAGGGGGGUUUGCUCGCAUCGUCCCAAACGUCCUUCCACCAAACUACCGGGAUGGGACAGCAGGUAGGCCGCGUCGGUGAGAGCACAUCGACCGGGCUCCAGCCACCACAGCCCCACGCUCCCCAACCGCACCAAGGGAAGGGGAACCGGGGGAGCGGCGCCGGGAGGAGACCCCGAGAACCCGGCAGCAGCAGCACCGGGACACCGCCAGGAAGGGCUGCUGUAGUCAACGUGCCCGACCCGGGGAUCAAUAUAUUCGUGCAGCAUUCAGAAGCUCUCCACCGGCCAUUCGGCCUGGACUCUGCGGCCCUGACGGAGGCGGUGCGCUGGAGCUCCAAAGAAAACCUACUGGGGGCGGCCGAGAGCGACCCGAACCUCUUUGUUGCACUUUAUGACUUUGUCGCCAGCGGAGACAACACACUCAGCAUCACCAAAGGUGAGAAGCUGCGUGUUCUUGGCUACAACCAGAAUGGAGAAUGGAGUGAAGUGCGCUCUAAGAACGGCCAGGGUUGGGUGCCGUCCAACUACAUCACGCCAGUCAACAGUCUAGAGAAACACAGCUGGUACCAUGGGCCCGUGUCACGUAGUGCGGCAGAGUACCUGCUCUCGUCCCUCAUCAACGGCAGUUUCCUGGUCCGGGAAAGUGAGAGCAGCCCCGGGCAGCUGUCUAUUUCUCUCCGCUAUGAGGGGAGGGUCUACCACUAUCGGAUCAACACAUCCUCGGAUGGAAAGGUGUAUGUCACGUCAGAAAGUCGCUUCGCCACCCUAGCAGAGCUUGUCCACCACCACUCCACUGUAGCUGAUGGCCUGGUCACCACCCUGCACUACCCAGCACCUAAAUGUAACAAGCCCACAGUGUAUGGCGUGUCACCCAUCCAUGACAAGUGGGAGAUGGAGCGCACAGAUAUCACCAUGAAGCACAAGCUGGGAGGAGGCCAGUAUGGGGAGGUGUAUGUGGGAGUGUGGAAAAAGUACAACCUCACAGUGGCAGUGAAAACACUAAAGGAGGACACUAUGGAAGUUGAAGAGUUUUUGAAAGAGGCAGCCGUUAUGAAGGAGGUGAAACAUCCAAACCUCGUUCAGCUGCUAGGUGUGUGUACGCUGGAGCCACCUUUCUACAUCGUGACAGAGUACAUGCCACACGGCAACCUGCUGGACUACUUGAGAGAUUGUGACAAGGAGGAGGUGAAUGCUGUGGUGCUGCUGUACAUGGCCACACAGAUCUCCUCUGCCAUGGAAUACCUGGAGAAGAAGAACUUCAUACACAGAGAUCUCGCAGCGAGGAAUUGCCUGGUCGGGGAGAAUCAUGUCGUGAAGGUUGCUGACUUUGGCCUGAGCAGGCUGAUGACAGGUGACACUUACACUGCCCAUGCUGGGGCCAAGUUCCCAAUUAAAUGGACUGCACCAGAGAGCCUCGCAUACAACACUUUCUCCAUCAAGUCUGAUGUUUGGGCAUUUGGGGUGCUGCUAUGGGAAAUUGCCACCUAUGGCAUGUCUCCAUACCCAGGCAUUGAUCUGUCUCAGGUCUAUGACCUCCUGGAGAAAGGUUACCGCAUGGAACAGCCUGAAGGAUGCCCACCAAAAGUCUAUGAACUCAUGCGAGCAUGUUGGCAAUGGAGCCCACUAGACCGGCCAUCAUUUGCAGAGAUCCACCAAGCCUUUGAAACGAUGUUCCACGACUCCAGCAUCUCUGAAGAGGUGGCAGAGGAGCUUUGUAAGACCGCCUCUUCUGGUCACUGCGGACCCCUACACUCCUUCAGUCACGACAUGCCCCUAUUGCCUUCCAAAUCUCGCACACUCCACAAGCACACAGAAAACAAGGAAAAUAUCGAGGGUGGACUUGACGGACGGUCUGACCACAGCACGCACAGUCACUCAGGCUGGGCGUCUACGUUGUUAGGCGGGGAGGGUCGAUCAGGCAGCUCCCCAGCUCUGCCUAGAAAACAGCAGCCCAGAGAUAAGUCCCCUGCCAGCCUUUUAGAAGACACACAGGAUAUGGGCACAUUUACACGAGACCGCAAGACUGGCUUCUUUAGCUCUUUCAUAAAGAAAAAAUCUUCCUCUUCGUCCUCUUCUUCUUCAUCACCGUCCUCUCAGCUCCAACAUAACCUUCCGACACCCCCGAAAAGGAGCAGUUCAUUCCGGGAGAUGGAAACGCAGCCUCAUAAAAAAUACGAGCCCACCGCUGAUUUCAGCGCCCCUCCUCCCCUACCCCAGUCGGACAGUAUCGGUGGCUUCUCUGCCUCUCCCUCUCACUCUCACGGGGAGCCUGCCCAGGGUCAGUCACGCUGCUGCGGAGCUGCUUUUGGACAGAAACCCUCUAGUGGGGGGUUUGGUUCACAGGUGUCUGGCAGCAGUUGGAGUGGGUUGGCUGGUUUUUUCACACCUAGACUUAUCAAAAAGACCCUGGGGCUACGGACAGGAAAGACAGCCUCUUCAGAGGAGAGUGGGAGUGUAGCUGGAGGGCCCAAACCCUUCCCUAGGUCCAAUUCUACCUCCUCUAUGUCAGCCGGGUUGCCUGACCUGGAGCGAAUGGCUCUGACUCUACCCAGAAACCGCAGUGCUAAACCCCCUCUGGAGAGGACUGCCUCUACAACCUCCCAGCCAGAGAACGGGGCCGCACGGCCCUCAGAAUCUCUGCUGAGGAGGAUGGAUGAGGGCACCGCACAGAUCAGGGAAAGGCCCAAAGCCAAACUACUACCCCGGGGCACUGCUGCAGGGGUGAGGGCACCAGGGGUUGGGGGGGAGGUGGGGGAAUCGGACAGUCUGUCUCGGGUCAGGGAUGGCAGAGAGGAGAGCCAGGGAGGUCUGGACAGGCAGCAGAGUUGGCCGUCUCCCUCUAAGACUUCUAGUUCGAGUGCUUCAUCAGCUGGUGCACCAACUCACAACCACAAAGUUCCUGUCCUGAUCUCUCCCACGCUGAAGCACAGCCCAGCUGACGUGCACCUUGUCGGGUUAGACUCUCAGGGGAACCGCUUUAAACUGCUGUCUGAACACCAAGCAGAUCGGGACAGGCCACGGCUUGUGAAACCCAAAUGUGCGCCGCCUCCUCCUCCCACUUUGCGCAGCCUACAACACUCAUACAGCGGCGACGGAGAGGAGCAGGUAGGAGUAGCAACCAUAGAAGUAAAUGGAGACACAUUGAAAGGUCAUAGGUCAGGGCGGACGUCAGGAGGAGCAACGACGGGCAGACCGUCAGUGCCACCACCACAAGUGCCUCCUGCAUCUUCCCCCUUCUUACCCACGCCCUGCUCUGCCACCACAAACACAACUCCCACCAAAAUGGCCAACGGAGCCACCAACACUGUCUCCUCCGCGCACACAGCGUCAUCUGCAGGUUCCAAAGUGGCUCUGCGGAGAACCAGGCAGCAGGCAGAGCGUGUGCCCUUGGAGCGUGUCAGCCGUGAAGCCCUGCUGGAGUGUGCCGAGUGCCUGAGCAGCGCGCUCCACGCCAGUUCUGAAAGCCCCGCCAGCAGCCAGGUGCUGGACGCUGGCCACCAGCUGCUCGACUACUGCUCAGGUUACGUGGACUGCAUCCCUCAGAUGAGGAACAAAUUUGCCUUCCGGGAGGCGGUGGGGAAGCUGGAGCUCAGUCUGCAGGAAUUGCGGGCCUCGUCAUCAGGAGGCGGAGGGCUGAGCAGUGUGGGGUCCAACACUGUACUGGACAACCUGCACGGCUGUAUAAAAGAGAUUAGCGACGUAGUGCAGAGGUAGCCACUGUGACGCCCACUGUCACCUUCAUCUACCCGACAGAUUACUUUAAUUCCCUUUUUUAUGUUUCCGGUUUUAUCAACAGCUUUUUUUGGGGAACGAAAUGAGACGAAUCUCUUCAGUACCUCAGAGAAAUCACUACAAAAUGUAUUCUUUUCAUUGUUUACAAACAACAGUUUCAUAAAAUGCCAGUGUGGACACUAAUUUUGCUCUGAUCUGUACAUAUUGAGAAAUGUUUAUACCAAACUAAAUGUGGUUUGAAAUGUUUAGACCCAUGUCUCCACCUGGCCGUGUUUUAAGGCGUCUCUGUUAAAUGAAUGUCGAGUGUAUCAGCUGUGUGUAGCCGACCCAGAGAGUUUGUAAAGUCGAAGCUCAUUCUGCUUAUCUGUCAGUCUGUCAUAUACUGAGUGAGAAACAUGCUGGUUAAUCCCAGAUUUACUGAGAAUACUAAACUGAUUUUACUGAAGCCCGGCAGUGUUUCACAAGAGAGUGAUUAAUCAGUUUGGUGAACUUUGUUGAAAGUAUUCAGCUCAGUGUCUGGGGAACUGAGUGACCAUAAGCCAUUUUUUAAGCCAUUGCAAUGUCGAAAUGAUUGGAAGCAACAUAUAUAUCAGGAUUCACUAUGAUUCAAGGUUAUGGGGUCUCAAUUUAACACUUCUUUUUUGUUUCUUUCAGUAGACUGUAACUGACAGUAUUUUAGGUGGAAGCUGGUAAAACCUGCUUGUGUUGCUACAGAUUUAGGCCUUCUUUUCAGAAUAAUCUUUAGAGAAUAAACAACUCUUUUGAUGUUGACAUUCCCACAAGUCCACGCAAGGUGAGACUGCUCAGAAGAGAACUGAAGGGAUCAUUUAGUUGAAAGUUUUGUGCAUUUUAAGCAUGUAAAUAUGAUCAGACGAAGCGAUGACUCACAGUAAUACCAAAUACAGGCUUAUCAUUAAGAAAAGAUUACAUAAUCUAUUUAGUUGAUUCCCCACAUAUCUAAAGAACAAUGAGUGAAUGUGGGCUGUCUUAUCAUAUGCACAGCAUUUUUCUUCGCUACAGUGACACAGCUGAUGUUCACAACCUAACACAGUGCCACAUAAAGGGUGGGGAAACCCCCUUUCCCCUACAGCAUUUCAAUAAUCAUGUCCAGUCGUCCUUGCACACUACAUUUCUUCCUUGUAUCAUGAAGCGUUAAAGAGUGAGGGGAGAGGGAGAGCACAGGGUAGCGCAUGAGCAGGUGAACUGGGACAGUAUUUCUAUAAGUGUCCUUUUGAGAAUGGACAGUGCUGGAUUCCCUGUAGCCUUGUCAUGGCCUCAGUGCCUCAAAUACUUCAAUGUAUGAACACUGCGCAACGCAGAGACCUACUUUACAUGAAUCACACAGUACUGAUCUCUCAACAAACAAACUGCAGUAUGUCUUCAGCACAUGAGCAAUUUGUACAUUAUUUGAUUCAAAGAGAAAAAUGCUUUUUAGAAUGUCUAUGUAUGAACUUGAAUUUUAAAUUAUUCCUGUUUUUUUAUUAAAAGCACAGACCUAUUUUGAGAGAAAAGUUAUGUAAAUAUUUGAUUUAUUUCACAUCCAGGAAACAAAAGAUUUAUGUGUGCUUAUAGCAUAAAGAGCAAUGUUUUUGACGGAAGAGAUGUAUCACAAGACUGAGGCUCAUCCACCCAGAUCUGAAUAUCUGCUUUAUGAAUGUAUUAUUCUUCCGUUCUGUAUCCGGUUGAAUGUCCAUCUGCAUGACUCUUUAAUAUCUUAAGGUGCCAUUUAUUAUUUUUCUUAUAUUUAUUAGAAUUUUUUUUUAUUGGCCCAUACUUUCUAAUUUUGGUCACAUCAAUAUUUUAGUCCAGAAACAGCUGCUCUGUUCUUUUGAGCAAGAAAAACUGUGUACAGAGACACAUAUCACAGAUGAUCUUAUUUUCUUCACUUUGGCUCACAUCUUAAUGUACACUGGAUAAGGCCUCAGACACAUCGCUUCUUUGACACAUGUAAUGACACACAAUGUAAUCUGUAAACACUGCAGGUCCAUAACACUUUCAAAUUGCCUGUUAAUGACACUUGAUUAAUUGACAAGUAAACUUGUUUUCUGGUGAGUUUCAUAUCAUUUUAUGUUCUUGUGCAUCAGUAUAAAUGUCCAGUUUCUUGCCAAACAGUAUCCUUUGAGACUAACUGAUGAUUAAUUUUAUUCACUGUGAGUUUCAAGUAACACAGACUGAAAAUGCCAUCAUGCUUUCUUGUGAUUCUUGGUGCCUUUUUGUGAACAAAUAGUUUAUGUACAGAACACUUUCACUGCGAUAAUUCACAGCCACGGCAAAGUCAAUCAUCAGAACAUUUGUUUCAUCUUUCUUUCACAUUACAUCUCAAUGUGGAGGUUAUUACAGCAAACAUUUCUUUCAUUUGGAGGUUAAAGGUCAAACUUGAAAACCAGAAGGUGCACUUUGUCAAUUGAGAUUGUUAUUUAAGAUACAAAGACCAUCCCUUUGAGGCCAAACCCCGUUUCUGUGUCGUCUCACACAUGAGUCUGCUACACUAAACACAAGCUGCUCUGUUGUUGUUGUUUUUUUCAAUCUGACUACACAACAAUGUUUGUCAUAAUAGCCUAGCACCAGUCAGGCCUCUUUGCCUGGCCGGUUUCUGUUGAUUUUUCAUGCAUAUCUGCAGCAGGUUUCCCAAAAAGCCUUAUCAAAGAAAAAGUGUCACCUCACGGAAUCAAACACAUCUCAAGUCCUGACUUUAUUUUUACAGCAAUAAAGUUGUAAACCUUCAA